AUGGCUGUUAGAAUGGCCUAUCCAAUUAGUGACUCUCUAAUUCUGUAUUGUUCAACAAACAGGUUAUUUCUUCUUGGUUUGGACAAAUAUGGUAAAGGCGAUUGGCGGAGUAUAUCUCGCAACUUUGUGGUUACCAGAACGCCAACACAAGUGGCAAGCCAUGCACAAAAAUACUUCAUCCGUUUGAACUCGAUGAACAAAGAUAGGAGGCGAUCAAGCAUUCAUGAUAUCACCAGUGUUAACAAUGGAGAGAUUUCAGCAGCCCAAGGACCAAUCACAGGUCAAACUAAUGAUUCGGCUUCAGGCGCUUCCUCUGGCAAAUCAGCGAAACAGCAACCACAACAUCCAGCUGGGCCUCCGGCUGUUGGCAUGUAUGGUACUCCUACUAUAGGUCAACCAAUAGGAGGACCACUUGUCUCAGCUGUAGGUACCCCGGUGAAUCUUCCAGCUCCAGCACACAUGGCAUAUGGCGUUAGAGCUCCAGUACCUGGAGCAGUGGUUCCUGGUGCACCAAUGAACGUUGGUGCUAUGCCAUACCCGAUGCCACACACAUCUGCUCAUAGGUGAUGUUGUGUAUUAGCUUUAAAAUGUACAAAGGAGAAGACUACUUUGCUUGUGCCAAUGUUCGUUAGUGGGUUCUCCAUCCAAAUUAGCCUGAAUAAGGUUGCUUAUUUGCAAGCACAAUUUGUCUGAUGCACAACUGUCAUUUGUUUAAAUUUUCAAUAAGCCAUAGGGAGAGAAAAUACAUGCAAUCUGUAUAGACAACUUUUUAAAAUUUAUGGGUAGGAGUAGCGGUCUAGUAUCUUUUGUCUUGAGAACUUUAAAAUUAUUAGUUGUAGAAGUAGUCAGUUCUGUUUAUUUAUUUAUUUUUUUUUUUUUGGCAGAAGCUGUAAAGAACCCUUUCUAUUUGACUAUUUUGAGUAGUAGCUUAUCUGAGCA